AUGGUGAUGUCUCUGGACAAUUUAAGGGGCUUCGCCUUAGCCACGUCAUCGAGUGCUUUUAUUGGAUCUAGCUUUGUGAUCAAGAAGAUUGGCCUGAAGAAAGCUGGGGACGUUGGGAUAAGAGCAGGUUCUGGAGGCUACUCAUACUUAUAUGAACCGUUAUGGUGGAUAGGAAUGGUAACUAUGAUUCUGGAUGAGGCGGCCAAUUUUGCAGCAUAUGCAUUUGCUCCAACAAUAAUUGUUACUCCUCUUGGAGCAUUGAGCAUCAUAUUUAGCGCAGUGCUAGCACACUUCAUUUUGAAUGAGAGGUUGCAUAUGUUUGGCGUGGUUGGUUGUGCAUUGUGUGUUGUUGCUUCAGUUGAUAUAGUGUUGCAUGCCCCAAUGGAAAGAAAGAUUGAUUCAGUUAGCGAAAUAUGGCAACUCACAACUGAACCAGGUUUCAUAGUCUAUUCUUGCUUGGCUGUAGCUCUUGCACUUGUUUUAAUGUUCUGGGUUGUUCACCAUACCGAGCAAAGGAAAAUGCUCGCAUAUGUUACAAUAUGUUCACUAUUCGGGUCUCUUACGGUUAUCAGUGUUAAGGCAGUGGCCAAUGCUUUAAAGCUCUCAUUUAAUGGAGUGAACCAAUUUAUCUACAUCCAAACUUGUGAUUAUAUGCUGUUUAGUGCAGCUGAAUUAUUUAAACAAGCUAUGGUUAGUGCCUCCAUAUCUCAUUUACAAGUAGAGACCACUUGA